AUGGCCCAGUACGCCGCCCCGGCCGCUCAACAACAAGCCGCUGCUGCCCAUCACUCUCUUUCGCCGCUGUCGCCGUCCGCCUCCGUUUCCGCCUCGGUCGGAACUGCUCCGCCCUUGACCCCAUCCGGCACCGCUCCGGCCGGCACGGGUGCAGCUGCGGGUCCCGCUCCAGCUGCCGCUACGGCUCAGAGUGGAGCCGGAUCUGCUUCCGCCUCCCAACCUCAGGCCGAGCCCCGGUCCCAGUCGCAGUCCGGCGCCGCCCCUUCUGUCUCUGGCGGUGGUGCUUCUUCUUCUUCUACUGCAGGAACCCAACACAAGCGGGUUUAUCAAGCAUGUAUUCCCUGCCGUCGUCGCAAGGUGCGGUGUGAUCUGGGUUCCGUCGAUAACCCCAGUGAUCCGCCAUGUGUCCGCUGCCGGCGCGAGAGCAAGGAAUGCUACUUCAGCGCAACCCGCCGGAAGCGCAAGGUCGACGAUGACAUGACCGACAUCUUUGAUGAUCCCGACCAGGAUGACUACAUCCUUCGCAACGGCAGGAAGCAGCUGCGCACUGGUGAAAGUCCGGUCGUAGCUGCCCCUCUUGAUCGUCGACUCUACAGCGAUGUCCCUCUCACUCCCGGGGGUAGCCGUGGCCGGGCACAGCCGUUGAGGAGACCUGGUGAUGGCGGCCCCAGGAGCACCACCAGCACUGGAGGGGCUCGGAGUACCACCGGCGGUGAGUUUGGCGCCGGUGAGGCCAACACUCCGCUGGAAAACUUCGAGGCCAGAACGGUUAUGCGCAGGGAGGUAUACGGUCCACAUGACGCUCUAGACUUGUUGUACAAGGCGGCGACCGACAAGUUAGUUGACACCCGUGAUGAUCGGUCCCAGAGACUGCCAUAUGCUGAUGUCGCGCGCUUGCGUAGCCCGAUGCAUAAGCAGGAUGGGGACUCUUCUGCCGCCGGGAGCUCUUCGCGGGCCAAUCUUCAUACUGGGCGCCCUGGUCUGGACUCCCGUCACUCAUCUCACCACAAUGAUCGUCCGGGUCUUCACCCUCGUCACGCUUCAAGGCAGGAAGUUCCCGCUGAACCCAUCGACCCGGAACUCACCAAGCGUGACAUAUCGCAGGAGCCGGGUUACAAUGAGGCCUUGAAGGCAUGGGCGCGCUUUCGGUUCGUGCGGGCUGGAUGGUUUACUGCGCAGGAGGCAAUUGACUACAUAGAGUAUUACUAUGCAUAUCUUUCACCACUUACCCCUAUUUCACCUCCUACGUUCCGGAAUCCGGCUUCCCACCUCACGUUGUUGACAGAGGAACCCAUCUUGACAGUGACGCUCCUUACGAUUGCGUCUAGGUACCGCCGCAUGCCGGGAACGGGUGGCCACUGCCGAUCACACGCCAUUCAUGAACAGCUAUGGACAUACCUCCGAGGCAUGAUUGAGCGUGUGGUCUGGGGUCAGGAGGCAUUUGGCGGUGGCUUCUGUGGCUCGGGGGCGGACGAAUCGCAGAGUUCUAGCACGGCGCCAUGGAGGGGUCUUCGCCGCGGCAGUCUCAGGACAUUCGGCACAAUCGAGUCCCUUAUGAUCCUGACCGAGUGGCAUCCACGUGCUCUCCAUUUCCCGCCAAGUGAGGCCAUCGAUGAGCUGCUUUUGCCCUCGUAUGAGAACUCAGUGGAUGACGACAACAACCAAAAACCUUCAGCCGGGUUUGGCGGCAGGAGAAUAGAGAGCUGGCUGGAGCCUGCCUGGCGAAGUGACCGUAUGUGCUGGAUGCUGCUGAGUACCGCUUUGGGCUUGGCGUACGAGCUCGGAGUCUUUGACGACAUCGACGAACUGCUCGCAACCGGGUCUAUAACUCGGCCGGAAUACGAGGAUGAGUCGUAUCGUCUCAGAGCCCAUCGCAUCAAGAGAUUGCUCUUGAUUUACCUGAGCCAGCUUGCUGGUCGUCUCAACUGGACAAACAUGGUCCCCGAGAACAUGCGUAACGAUCCGAUCAUGUCACGGAGGCGACCUCACACGGGAGCAGAAGGCACCACUCCGGGAACUAAUCCUUCGUCCAUGUCCAAUGGGUUUGUGUACAUCCCUGACCUCGAGUUAGACGACCAGAUCAUCCUCUGCUGGGCCGGUGUCAGUAAUGUGAUGCACAUGGGCAACGAGAAGCUUUUCCGGUCUCGCAACUACACCACCGAUAUCAUCCAGAGCGGGAAGUACAUCCAACUAUUGAAGGAGUUUCAGCCUCUGUUGAGGAACUGGUGGAACGACUUCAACCGAUUCGUUCUGCCACCAUACAUCCGGCACAUUCUUACCAUCGAAUAUGAAUAUGUCCGGAUUUACGUCAACUCGCUUGCCCUACAAGCUGUGGUUGAGCGUUGUACUAACAACCCCAAUGUCGGAGGCGGAGGCUCAGCCAACGGCGGCAGCGUCUCGGGACACUCGGCUCCUCAACUGUCGCCACAGACGCAAAACUACCUCGGCAAGCUGCCGCUCAGUCAACUUGGUGGAUUCGGGGCUGAAGACGAGGAGUACGUGAAGGAGGUUGUUAACGGCAGCCGAAACCUGCUUCGAACCGUCGUCGAGGGUCUCUUACCCAAGGGUUACCUGAAACAUGCCCCCGUGCGGACUUACUUCCGCAUCAUCAGUGGCGCCAUGUUUCUGCUAAAGACAUUUGCACUCGGUGCGCCCAAAUCAGAUGUCGAGUUGAGCAUCAAGCUGAUGGACCAGACGGUAGAUGCCCUGAGGCACUGCGUCGUUGACGAUGUUCAUCUGGGAAUUCGCUUCGCAGACAUGCUCGAGACUCUGACCAGCCGUCUACGCAACCGCUUCAUCCACGCCCCACCGCCGCCCGUUGCUACCACAGAUGGUCGGUCUCCUAAUCCCAACCACCAUGCGGAUAACAACGGCAACGGUCCCAUGUCCCAUGGGGCGCCAAAUCUUUCCUCGGGGGACGUCUGGUCCAAGCUGUCUGCUAACAAUCUCGAACGCUCCAGCAUUCCAACGAACAACAUAUCCGCCACCCCCUGGGACGUCGCAGCUGGCGACUUUCCCUAUCCCACCGGCUCAGCAUCCAUGUUCGGCCCCUCCACGCCCGCCGCCACGUCCAACUUGCCCGAUAACAACGGCAACAGUAAUGGACACAACGGCGGAAGCGGCGGUGCUGGUGGCGGCAAUGGGGGUGGUUUAGCCGACAGCAUGUUUGAGAACACGGAUUGGGCCAACCCCAGCAACGAGAUGUGGUACCUCCCCACCGGCCCGGCCUUUUUCCAGAACAUUGACAACACGAGCGUGUCGAUGACAGCGGAGGGUGUGAACGUGGGUGGUGUGGAUUUGUUGGACUUCAUGGCCAUGGACCCAAUGGAUGGGGCUAGUUUUGUUCUUGAUGGGGGGAGGUAUUCCUGA